AUGCCGCGGGUCCUGGCCGCCUUGGCAUGCUGCGUCUAUCAUGGUGACAGUGAUGCUGACGAUGAUGAUGGCGAUGGUGGUCAUGCAUCGAAGAUGUUGAUGCGCACAUGGCUGGACAAGGCUGGGGUACCUCCAUCCAGUCUCGUGCUCACAGAGGAUGCACGCUUGAAGCUGCAACACAUGCCAGGUCCUCAGCUGGAUGAGGCGACGAAGACGGCACUGCAAGAUGCAAUUGAUGCCCCCGCCGUGUCGGGGGAGUUGAAGUCGAGACUUGAAGCUGCUUUGGCCAAGGAGUUUGAGGCAUGGUGCAAGGGCGAUGUGCGCAAAGUCGACGAUGCGUUUUGGCCCAUGCAAGAGCAGACGGAGGCGGAAAAUCUUAUGCGCUACAUGCGCAUUGGUGUGGUCAAUUGGCACAGAGAGCUUGGCGAGGAGCCAUAUCCAAAGAUCUCUGGCGACGCCAGGCUUCGUGUCGAACCGACGACGAAGAUGAUCCAGUGCAGUUGGGAUGUGGAAUCUCUUUGGUACAACACACCCUCUUUUUUCAUUGAAGCUCCCUGCGUUGCAGCCAUGACGACCGAGCCCACGAUCGCUGCCAAGUGCACGGCAGAGUUCGUGGGUACCUUCCUCUUGAUCUUCACGGUGGGCUGCAACGUCUUGGGUGGAUCGGCGACCUGGGCCGGUGUGUCCAUCGCCUUUGUCCUGAUGGUCUGCAUCUAUGCGCUGGGCGGCAUUUCGGGGGGGAAUUUCAACCCGGCCGUGUCCGUGACGCUCGGUAUCUCCCGUGCCAUGGGAGGCCCAGGCCUGGAUUGGAAGACGGUUGGCGUCUACGCCGGCGUGCAAACUGCUGCCGGCAUUUCGGCCGCCAUCUGCUAUUCCUUGCUCUUCGGCCAAAGCUUCAACCUGGCUCCUGCCAAAGGCUUCUCGUGGUACCAUGCGGGGCUCUGCGAACUCCUCUACACCUUCAUGCUGACCUUCGUUGUCAUGAAUGUGACUGUGGCUGCUGCCAAGAAGAAUGUCGCGGAGAAGAACCAGUACUACGGCAUGGCCAUCGCCUUCACCGUGGUUGCAGGUGCCUAUGGUGCUGGUGCUGUCUCCGGCGGCUGCUUCAACCCGGCCGUGGCUUUGGGCAUCGACGUGUCCAGCGCGGGCAGGGGCUUCGGUUGGUCCAUUGCCUACGUCGUCUUCGAGCUUCUUGGUGCCGCCAUGGCCGCCGCUCUCUUCAAGGUGGUUCGCCCUGAAGAUUUUGGAGGAGAGAAGAGCCAGGCCACCGAGCUGGUGAGCGAGUUCCUGGGAACCUACAUGUUGGUCCUCACGGUCGGCCUCAACGUCCUUGGAAACUCUAAGGCUGCUGCCUUCUCCAUUGCUGCGGGCCUCACCUCGAUGAUCUACGCCUUGGGCGAUGUCUCCGGUGCCCACUUCAACCCAGCCGUCACCGUUGCCAUUCUCGCCUCGGGCCGCUGCCCUGAGCUCACGCCAGCCAAGGCCGGAACCUAUGCGGGCGUGCAGAUCGCAGGAGGCAUCGCUGCAGCCAUGACCUAUGCCUUCAUCUACAAGGGAGCCACUUUUGGUCUCGGACCGGUCGGCUCUAGCACCUGGGCGGGUGUGUCCGUGGCGGAGAUCGUCUACACCUUUGUGCUUUGCUUCGUGGUGCUUUGCGUCGCCGUCUCCGAGCGCACUAAGGCCUCCCACCUCUUCGGCCUCGCCAUCGGCUCUUGCGUCACCGUCGGUGGCUUUGCCAUCGGUGGCAUCUCUGGUGGAUCUCUCAACCCCGCCGUGUCCUUCGGCAUUGCAGCAGCCAACAUUCUGAAUGGAGGCUUCUUCUUCAAGGCCCUGAUCUACUCAGGCUUCGAGCUCGUGGGUGCCGCAGUUGCUGCCGGCGUCUUCAAGGUGACCCACGAGCUCGAGCACACUUUUCCCUUUGACUCGCAUGAGAUGUCUGCAAUCUUUUGGACGAGGAUCUGGCGACAUGUCCGCAUCGAGGAGUUUGGGCGUUCCUAUGCGCUGGGUACCAGCUUCCAGGAAUUUGAUGUCUUGGGCUUCCGUGGCGAUCCCACCCCGUGUGCGGGAUGGGACCCCUACAUUUGCGAAAGCAACGUCGUCCCCAACCGAGCUCGGACGGGAGAGCUGAUGUUCUAUGGCCGGUUUUGGGUCCGCCGAAAGCCAUUCUACUUCAUCGUGGCCUUACUGUUCCCCACUGCUGUGGUGACCUUCAUGGGUGCCAGUGCAAUCCUCAUCGCGUCCGGCGAGGCACCCAAUGGCAUCGUCUUGGGAGGUGAGUCUCCACUGUCUCUCGUCGCCGGACUGAUGCUGACCAUGGUCGCUAUGAAGUUCUCCUACACU